AUGGAAAGGAAGGGCAGCGGGCAGGAUUAUGAGUUUCACAGCGACCCUGUGGUUCGCAAGUACUUGAAAGUUCUUAACAGCAUAGAGUCUAUUAGGAAGGACAGGAACGACGUCUUGUCCAUCUACUUCAACGAGGUAUGCACCUAUAACAUAGAUGACCUGGAAGACAGAAGCGCUGUGGUUAAGAGGCUUAUAAACAGAGAGUUUACAUAUCCAAAUGCAUUUCUUGCAUCGUCACUUGGAUUCAAUAAAACCACGUGGAGUCGUGAUUAUGAAAAGACACUGAAGGAAAUAGGGAUGGAUAAACGCCCAAAAUACAGCACGCUAAGAAACAUGCUGCUGUUUGAGAAGCUCAAAUGGCUUAUCAUCAGGUACCACGAGGCAAAGCAGAAGAAGAGGAAAUGA